AUGACGAGUUGGGCUGGAACUAGUGUUAACCACCUUGAUGAGCUGGAGAAUGAAGUGACAGAAGUCACAGCUUUGUUGAGACAAAAUGUGGAGAAACUCUUGGAGAGGGGAGAGAAGAUUGACAGACUUCAAUCCAGAUCAGAGAAUCUGGAGUCUAGUUCUACCAAUUUCAAAUUAUCUGCUGCAAAGACACGCAAAAAGAUGUGGUGGCGAAAUUUCAGAAUGUCCUGUUUACUAGGUUGGAUGAUAUUCCUCAUUAUUGCGAUAACAGUCACCAUAAUAUUAGGUAAACAUGGUGAGACACUGACAGAUACUCCUCAUUCUGUGUGA